GUGAGGUACUGUCAGACAGUGGCAGUGGCAGCUAUCUUGCAGGAUAACCGACUACAUGAUGCUCUAAUUUCACGACUUCUGGGAGUCUGAUGUCGAGGAAGACACUGAGCUAUUUACGAUACACUUUUCGAGACGACAUCAACUUGAACGUUGUAGAAAGCUAGAAUGUCUAAAGGUGGCAGGGGUGGGUAACGUUGAUAGCGUAGCUCUGGGCUAGCUUACUUUAACGUUAUGGCGUAACGGUAAACAGGAAAGAAGUUAUUGGGACGACGUGUAGAUUAAUUACGCCAAGGCUUUCGUUUAGAACAUUUUAACUCUGAACGCUGAAAUCGCGAGACGUGUGCAUGCAUACACUCGAGGCAUCAGCGGAUUAGCUAAGGUUGGGUUGCUAACUGGCGACUAAUUUAAUAUUUGCUAGCUAAGUUCUAGUUAGCAUGGCGUCAGAUACAAGUGACACAGAGGAAUUCUAUGAUGCUCCAGAGGACGUCAAUUUUACCCCAUCUCCCAAAGUGUCACCGGCAAAGUUUGUCAUUCCCUCACCUCAGAAUUCGAUGAACCCAGUGGAAGAUGCAACCAGUGGACUGGCCCAAGCCGAAACUCACCAAGAUGAUUCCCUUCAGAUCAUUGAUAGCAUCAUUGAGGAGAGCCAGAAAGGGAGCACUGAUGAAGUGGAUCAGCUGUUAGAUCAGCUGCACGUUGAUGUAAAAGCAGAGUCUCAACUAAAGAAUGAUAGUAAAGCUUCUGAGGUUCCUGUGGAGCUUCCUGAGCCUAUUGCAGAGCCUCACUUUGUUGUGAGGCCAGCAGAACUACAAGAAAGUGUCGUUGUGGAAGGAGCAUGCUCAAUAUCUGUCCCUGGACCCCCAGAUAUCCCUGGCCCAUCAGCCGGGCCACAAGAAUACGUUCAGCCACCAGACAUUACCAGCACUCUAAGAAAGAGUCAACCUGACCUGCCUGUUGUGGGUAUCGAGGGGGACUUGGAGCAGAGACCUGCAGAUAUUUUAGACCAGGUCCCCCUCACUGACAGGCCAGCUGACUCAGACUCCUGUGGGCCAACCAAGCCUCCACGGCAGUUCACUGUGGAACCAGACAUUGUAGCCAGCACCAAGAAAGCCCCUCCCACACGGCCACCCCCUCCAAGUGGCGCCCCACCACCAAGGCCUCCUCCACCAUCCUGGUCGACUUUGCCCAUUACCAGGAAGCCACAGGAGUCUCUCAGGCUGAGUGGACUUGAAGUGUCCACUGCCAUUGCAAUCAACGUAGAUACAUUGGAACCCUCUGGCCUAGUUUCUCCUAGCAGCACAGUGAGGAGUAUCACAAAGGAGCUGCAGCAUUCCCUCGAUCUGGCAAGUGCCACCAGCGGGGACAAGGUGGUGACGGCACAGGAGAAUGAGGAGGAGCAGACCUCAGUGUCCAGCGGUGGAAAUACUCCAGGCCCUCAGCGACCACGUUCCAACUCUGGUAGAGAGCUGACAGAUGAGGAAAUCCUGGCCAGUGUAAUGAUUAAGAAUCUGGACACCGGGGAGGAGAUCCCUCUUAUCCAGGCAGAGGAGAAGCUCCCAGCUGGGAUUAACCCACUCACCCUACACAUCAUGAGGAGGACCAAGGAAUAUAUCACUAAUGAUGCUGCACAGUCAGAUGAUGAUGACAAGGCCCAGGCUCCGCUGUCGGAAACUGACGGAGGGAAACUGAAACAGAAAACAACCCAGUUUAAGAAGUUCCUGGGCAAGUCUGUGAAGAGAGCCAAGCAUCUCGCUGAGGAGUACGGAGAGAAGGCAGUUAACAAGGUGAAAAGUGUUCGUGAUGAAGUGUUCCAUACAGACCAGGAUGACCCAUCUUCCAGCGAUGAUGAAGGCAUGCCCUACACCAGGCCAGCCAAAUUCAAGGCAGCGCACAGCUUCAAGGGCCCCUUUGACUUUGAUCAAAUCAAGGUUGUCCAGGACCUAAGUGGAGAGCAUAUGGGGGCAGUAUGGACAAUGAAGUUCUCUCACUGUGGGAGGCUAUUGGCAACUGCAGGCCAAGACAACGUGGUGCGCAUCUGGGUCCUCAAGAACGCAUUUGACUACUUUAACAACAUGAGGAUAAAAUAUAACACUGAUGGUCGCGUUUCACCUUCUCCUUCUCAAGAAAGUUUAUGUUCCUCUAAAUCUGACACCGAUCCUGGAACAAAUUGUGUUCCAGAGGAUCCAGACACAGAGGACCGGAAUGCACCCUUUCGCCAAGUUCCCUUUUGCAAGUACAAAGGCCACACGGCUGACCUGCUGGACUUGUCCUGGUCCAAGAACUUUUUCCUGCUCUCGUCUUCCAUGGACAAGACAGUAAGACUGUGGCACAUAUCCAGGAGGGAGUGUCUAUGCUGCUUUCAGCACAUUGACUUUGUCACAGCCAUUGCUUUCCAUCCCAGAGAUGACAGGUACUUCCUUAGUGGUUCUCUGGAUGGGAAGCUCCGUCUCUGGAACAUUCCAGACAAGAAGGUGGCGCUGUGGAAUGAGGUGGAUGGUCAAACACGCCUCAUCACUGCUGCCAACUUCUGCCAGAAUGGGAAGUACGCUGUCAUUGGCACCUAUGAUGGCCGAUGCAUCUUCUAUGACACAGAGCGGCUGAAGUACCACACCCAAAUUCAUGUGAGGUCCACCAGAGGGAGGAACAGAGUCGGCCGCAAAAUCACUGGUAUUGAGCCUCUGCCUGGGGAGAAUAAGAUUUUGGUAACAUCCAACGAUUCCCGCAUUCGGCUGUAUGACCUGAGAGACCUGUCUUUAUCCAUGAAAUACAAGGGCUAUGUGAACAGCAGCAGCCAGAUCAAGGCUAGUUUCAGCCACGACUACUCCUUCAUUGUCAGUGGCUCAGAAGACAAGUAUGUGUACAUCUGGAGCACUUACCAUGACUUAAGCAAAUUUACUUCUGUUCGACGGGACCGCAAUGACUUCUGGGAAGGGAUUAAAGCUCACAAUGCAGUAGUCACCUCAGCCAUUUUUGCACCACAGCCCUCCCUCAUUGUUCCACAGGAGGCAGGGGCAGAGAAGCCCGAUGUUGAGUGCAAGAGUCUGGACUCGACUGACUCUGAAACAAUUCCCUCGGGGGCCUUAAAGACGGAUCACACUGAAGUUUUACUGUCAGCUGACUUCACUGGAGCCAUCAAGGUUUUUAUCAAUGUGAAAAAGUACUGAGCACUUCAAAAGGCUGUCAGCUUUUUCUAUUUCCCCGGAACUGGUUGUCAGCGUUAAACCCUUCUGCAACGUGCAGAGCAACUUGUUGGGGGGGGAGGAGACCCCCAAAAUCCAACAACUACCUUUUGGCAAGUGUUGAGAAGGGGAGCUGUCCAUGGCUUUUUCAGGAGAUAAGGGACUCUACAAUGAAAGACAAAGGUAGAACAACUGGACUGUAAAUAACAGACAACUUGAUCCUUUGUUACACUUCUCAAAUACCAAGCAACUGUGAACUGUGUUUUGAACUAAACAGAGUUGCAAACUGGAUGCGGAAAAGCAGAUGGUGUUUUUGAAGAAACAGAAUCUAGUCAGAUAUGUUAAUUCAUAAUGAGUUUUUAAACUUGUGCCGCCAUAUUAUGUGCACCUUCUUCUCCCCCAUCACUUUCCAGUGCCCGAAACUCAUCAAACCUCACAAGGAGCGACACUUUCGUCAACGGUUAGCCACCAACGGUAAUUAUUUAGAUCAUGAAUUUCUAUGUCUUCAUUGUCUUUAGAAGAAAAAAAAAAUACGAUGUUCAAAACAAGGUUGUUCACUUUAAAUGUCAUUUACCAAAUAAUCUUACUGUGCCUACAAAAAGUGGACUACAUUUCAGUCCAGAUUUCAGCCCAAUUAGUUUCUUAAAUCUUUCAGUUUAAAUUGCAAGGUAAAGGAGGUCUGUUUGUGGUUACUAAUGAUUAGGGUUGGGUGUCUCACCAGCUCAAGUACUUUUUAAUACAGAUCUUUGUUGAAUAAAAGCACACUUCCUCAUAGAGUAAAUUAUUUACUGUUUAACAUUUGCACAAACUGUCACUGUCUGCUUUUCUAAAAAUAAUUGGAGCGUGUCCUAUUAAUUUCCUCAAUAAAAUAUUACACCUAAACUUGGGGGGGGGGG